AUGACUAUUGCCGUCGGCGAAACUAUUCCAUCCACGACUUUCAAGUAUGUUCCAUACGAUGCAGAGACAGAGUCUAUGGAUGUUUGCGUCGCACCUAUAGGCUAUUCGACUGAGAACUGGGUUGGGAAAAAGGUCCUUGUCGUCUCUGUGCCUGGCGCCUUUACAGGAACUUGCCACCAGAAACACAUUCCUCCUUAUGUGGCCAAAUACGACGAAUUCAAGGCCAAAGGAAUUGAUAUUGUCGCAGUCGUGGCCGCAAACGACGGUUGGGUCAUGCGUGCCUGGGCCAAGACUCUAGGAUUCAAGGACAAGAUCCUUCCUCUCUCAGAUCCUGAGGCGGCCUGGAGCAGGGAGCUCGGCUAUGGUCAGGAUAUGACCAAUGCAGGAAUGGGAAGGCGCACCGGACGUUGGUACCUGCUGUUAGACGACUUGAAGGUGGUUUCCACCGAGGGAGAGUCUGCUCCUGGUGUGACCGUCUCCGGCGCAGAUCAUGUCCUCUCCAAACUCUAG